AUCACUUUUCAUCAAUUCAAAAAAAGUUGGACUGUGCAUGUCUAAGAAAAAUGGCGAUUGAUAAAUUUUUGUUCAUUAUUUGAAAGCACAGUCCUAGGAUAUACAAUAAAAUCGUUUUUUUAUCUGGUUGUAAAGCUGUGAUCAAAACCAGGGAAUGGCUGACGCUGUGGUGGAGCGGAGACCUCCCGCUCGCUUCUUUUGCCACAGGUGUAACAUAGAAUUUGAGGAUGUUUUGCAGGAUUACAGAUGUCCAUAUUGUGCGAGUGGAUUCAUUGAACAGCUUGAGAGUGAGACGGAGGGCUCAGCACUCUCCGGAGAUGAUUUCAGUGAUGCAGACAUGAGCAAUUUAGAUGAUUCAGAUGAUACACAUCAAACUGCCAGCCACCCGAUGCUGAGUGACUUGGCGUUUCUGAUGUCAGGAGGGCGACACCGCGGCGGCGGGCGGCCGGAGACCCUGCUGGAGCAGCUGGUGUACUCCAUCAGCGGCAGCGGCCCGCUCGGCGGCGCCGCCGUCACCGCCGGCGCGCCGUUCGUGCUCGUCGGCGCGCCCGGCGACUACGUGUUCGGCGGCGAGGGUUUAGACGCGGUGGUGACACAGUUACUAGGACAGCUCGAGAACGCAGGGCCUCCGCCGCUGCCUCGGGAACAAAUCGCCGCCAUACCCAGUGAGGCCGUCACAGAAGAACAGGCCGCGGCCAACACAUCAUGCUCAGUGUGUUGGGAGAACUUCCAGUUGGGCGAGAUGGUGUCUAAGCUGCAGUGCGAGCACAUAUUCCACUCGACGUGCAUAGAGCCGUGGCUGCAGCUGCACGCCACGUGCCCCAUCUGCCGGCGCUCGCUGCUGCCGGAGGAGCCCCAAGCCGAGCCCCAAGCCGUCCCCGGCCUAGCUCUACGCUGCCCCGGGUGCGGCUGCGACGCCUGGCGCGCCGCCGGGCGCCGGGCGCGGCGUGGGACGCGGCGGCGGACUCGUCGUCCUCGUCCGCGUCCGACACGUCCGUCACCACGGCCGGCGGGCGCUGGGCCGCCGCCGGCGCGCCGCCCGGCUCCACCUCCACCUCCUCGCUCAACUCCGCCGCCACCGACGCCUCGCGCGACAACAUGUACAACAUGGACAUCGACUUCGACUAGGCGAGUCACACCUGUGCGAGUGUGAUGCGACCGCGACCAAGUGUCCGGCACGUUCGAGAGACGGACCCGAGAUAAUAUUUGCUUUUACAGAGUAGAGAGUUCCGACGUCGAGCGAGAAAAAAAAAUGUUAAAGUUGUAACCGUAAUCGUUGAAAUGAUAUUAAAAACUAUAAACUCAUUAAACGGAACGAGAUGUACUAGGGGCACUCUAAUUUCCGUACAGAAUAACACAUAAUUAAUUUAGCGAGCGUCCUAACAAAAAAAACCCGGAUUAGAUAGAAUAAAAUGACUACUCUCUCUCUCUCUCUUCCUACCUAUUUAUCCCACAUGGUGGAGGAGUCGGCUUUCCUCCUUAACCUUCUUUUUUAUAUUAUAAAAUGACUACAAUUUGAAUAAAUACUUAUGAAUGCAUAUUUACGUAAAAAUAUUAAUAAAAAAAACCCCACACUACUACAAACGAAAAAUUUAUAAAAACCAUAUGCUAUAUCUUAUCGUAACAAUCUAUUUAACACCUGCAAAUGUUAGUUUAUCCUAUCUAAUUCGAAAUAUCACUUGAGAUAGACAACAUUCGUAAUUAUAGGUAUGUGGAUUUCUCGAACAUUGUUAAAUGACGUCUAUAGUCAUGUUUUUCUGAAAGUACAUUACGCCAUACAAUUUCUAUGCAAGAAACAAAUGAGCGUUCCAUACUAUUUUCUAUGGGUAAUAACUUCAUAGUUAAAAAAGGAACAAACUAUAAUUGUUUAUUUAUUUACCCGCUCUUUUUAAGAACUCUCUGCUCUUUUAUUUUUUCAUGCUUUCCUUUCUUGUUCAAUAUUGAAAAUCAUGUUAAAUGUUCAAGGAGGUAAGUCUAAAAGAAUAGUAAAGUACAAAUGUCGCGCAGGCCUACGUCGCCCGCUCCGGUUGCUAAUACUUUAGGGUUAAAUUAAACAAGAUUUAUAGUUAAAAUUAAAGUUAUUUAAAUGAACGAAUGCUGAACUAUGAGUACAGAUGCAGUGCAUAAUUGUUAUCCAUCGUAUUUUCUCGGAAACGUUCGUAUUUGUCAUACUACUUCAGUCAACCUCAUUACAAAUGUCCCGAGACUGACUGAAGUAGCAAGACACGUUCGUACGUUUCCGUGAAAAUACGAUGGAAAAUAAUGAUGCACUACAUCUGUAUUUGUGAUUGUCUGAAUUGAUACCGUUGUGCGAUCGAAAACAUAUAAAGAGGUAAUAUUAUUAACAUGUAAUUAUUAUUUAAAUACCUAGUAACGGAGUGGACUUUGAAAAAGUUCCGUUUCUUAUAUAACGAGCUGCAGAACUGUUGGAAGAUUGUCUUUGUGUAUAGACUUUCAGCUGUAACAAAUUGUUUAUUGCGUUAUUUUCAUGUAAAUUUUGUAAAUAAAUGUAAUUGUAAGCC